GUAUCUCAAUGGACUAAUGGGUCUUUUUCGAUAUAUUCAAGAGAAUCCGACGUGUUUGUUGCUAGUUUUCUUCAAUGGUUGAUGCUAAGAUGCCUAGAUACAAUGAAGCAAAAAGACAGUUUGUGAUAAAAAAAUAUGUACUCCUUGUAGAAAUAAUAUUAUUGCAUCGAGGUUAGAACGCAAAAUCAUCACGAAUCAUCCGGCACAUUUUAAUGUAUUAAAUUAUUCCUCACGUUCGCAAAAUAACUCGCCCUGCCGUGAACAUGCGCAUUAGAGGUUAUUUCCCGUUACUUCUCCAGCUCCUAUGGACACGUUCUAGGUUCAUCCACUGAACUCUAUGGUACGCUGCAUGGUUUCACCUGUGUCUACUGUGUGUAGUUUACGUAAGUAGCAAGACAUGGCGACUUGUGCUUCUUUUCAGGUUCAGAUGGCCUCCAUCAUGGAGGUUUUAACUAAAACGGCACUCGCAGAAAUUUGUAAACUAGUCGACGACGCGUCUGCCUCAUUACGAUUGGAAAUGUGCAGAAGCCAAAGAGAGAACGAGGCGCUAAAAUGUAAGUUACUGGUUAUGGAGGGAGAGCUCAGGGCUGCGCGAGGAUGCGAAGAGGGAACGCCGGACAGUUCUCUAAACAUCGCUUCUGAAGUUAAGGUUUGCGACGAAUUCAGAGAAGCACAAAACUGUACGGUUGCAGGGAAACGAAAUGUCGCCGUAGAGAGAGUCUUUGACGCGCGAUUGAGCACAAGUCCGACCGAAGAUGAACAGUACGUACCCGUGGAGAAGAUGAAGACUGUUACGGAUGCCUUGGACAUAAAGUACGAGCCUGAAGACGGGGAGCAGGAUUGGUCAGAAUCUGUGCCGCUCAGCAAGGAUUGGCUGGAAGAGGACCCAAAGACGAACCAAUCACAGGCAGAACAGAAAAUCUUUGAGGAGACUAGCUGUGGCACAUCAGAGGCAGCCGUAGCUGCUGCUAACGGUGGUGAAGGACCCCUCUGUGAGGAGGAGGAGGAGCUGCACAUGCAGCCCUGCCCUGCAGGAGACCCAGAGAAGGGGCUGCAAGCCGAACUGAAGCAGGAGCCCGACGGGGAGCCUCUCACCCCUGGACACCCCCUGCCAGGAUCUGGAGAGGGGCUGGAGGUCCAGUGCGCGUGGAGCAAGGCCACCAGAUCGGGAAAGGUUCAGGAAAUGCUCCGACAGCACAGAGGAAGCUCGGAGCCCGGAUGUGCGCGGUCAAACGACCGAUUCUCUCCUCGCCAUUACAGAGCUUCUUGGAGGCUGCGCUCUGAGAAGAACGAGGGCCCAACGUCACACCUCGAGCAGGAACAAAAUGGCCGCCCCAGCAGGGCGCCUGAUGCCAUUUCGGCAGAGAUGGCGGUCCCUCUGGGUUCUCCGGGACAGCGUGCUGGAAGCACCCUGUGCGAGGAGAGUUUCAACACGUCGGCAGAAGCAGAGAGUCGCUGGGGAAUCGAGGGACGGGAGGAGUUAAUCUGCACUUGCUGCGGUAAGACGUUCCCGGAUGCUCUCGAGCUGCAGACGCACGAGGAGGAGCAGCACGGCACGGGGAAACGUUUCGGCUGGUCGGAGAGCGGCAAAGCUUUUGCUUACUCCAGCAUCCAGCAUAAGAGCUUUGCCUAUCUUCACGUUCUUAAGCAUCACCAGAGAGUCCACGCUGGGGAGAAGCACUUGCUUUGCAAACUUUGUGGGAAACUCUUUGAUGGCGCCGACUCCCUUAAGCAACACCAUGUGACCCAUCACGGGGGGAAACGGUUCAGUUGCACCCUGUGCGGAAAGGGUUUCACCGCUAAAAGCAGUCUCAAGUCUCACCAGAGUGUGCACACAGGAGAGAAACCGCACAGCUGUGACGAGUGUGGGAAGACCUUUGCCAAACUGAGCAGCCUGAAGACUCACCGAAGGGUCCACACAGGAGAGAAACCGCACAGCUGUGACGAGUGUGGGAAGAGCUUUGCCCAACUGUGCAAUCUCAAGACUCACCAGAGUGUGCACACCGGGGAGAAACCGUACGGAUGCAUGCUGUGCGGCAAGAGUUUCUCUCAGAAUCAUGUUCUUCAGAAACACAUACUUACUCACUCCUAGUGAGGAGUAAAACUGGGGGGAACAUUGAGCAAAAUCAUUGAAUUUACUGCCCCUGCUGUGCAAUUAAGUUACACUUAUGUGGCACAGAGUAGAACAGUUUGAUCACGUUUUAUACUCAGCUUACUGUGUCAGGCCUUUUCUGUUCUGGGAUCAUCACAGAUUCUCAUCACAUGCUCAGCAAUAAAUAAAUAAGUGAAACUUAUGCCAACGUAUUUGAUUUUGA